AUGGAGGGAGAGGACAUCAUUGCCGGGGAGGGAAGGGGCACCGGCCGGAUGCGGACAGCUGGGUCCGCCGCGGAGUGGGCGCGGAGUGGGCGCGGGCCGUGUCCUGCGCCGGCCGGGAUCGUGCAUCUGAAAGUGCAUAGGAUCGGACAGGCGCGCCCGGUGCUGGCUAGCGAGGAUAUUCGCGCGGGACGUCGCGUCACCCGCCGUGGCCAGUACAUCUUGUCCGCCCCCGCUCGAGUGGCCCUGAGCGUGCCCGGCCCGGCCUUGUUCUCGCAGCCCCGCCGGUGCGGUUACCUGUUUCGCGGCAACCGCCGAGGUCACGUCACGCGCGGGGCCUUUACCCCGGUCGAACAACAAGGGCACAGGCAGGUGGCAGUGAGGGGCAUCAGGAGAGCAAGAGCGCGGGGUGGGCAGCCUGCGCGCGUGGCGACCGCGUACUCGCGGCUGGCCAGCCGCCAGCUAGAGGACAAAGGCCGCAGGCGCCGGAUCGCAGCGCAGGGGCAACGCGCGCCCACCCUCUUCAUCUCGCGGCGACGAUCUCUGAAUGAGCGUGGCACAAGCUCUUCUUGUAGAUCAGCCCAUCGAGAUUCCUCGGCUCCCCGCACCCACUCCUCCCGCCGCCCGAUCCGGCACCCGUGCCCACCUCGACGCAGCUCGACGCCCUGCGCGCCCGCGGAUCAUCCACCACUCCGCAGAACCCCCCAUCCUGCCCGCAUCUCGGCGCUGCGAUGUCCGGAACUUGCGCGUUGUGAUCCUGCCCGUUGUCGGCCGUUCGCCCAUCUCGCGCUUUUCGGCAGGCAGCCCGACACCCUGGCGGCGCAUCUGCGGGGGAAGCUGACAUGCCCCACCGGCCGGUUGCGCGGUCCACGAGGCGCCGUCAUAUUUCCUGUUCGGCCGCCCGAGCAGUCGGGGCUCAUACGACCACGGAUACGGAAGAAAUGUGAGACCCUGACACGGACGGCGAGGACGGGCUUACUGGGACGAGGACGAUGGCGCGCGAGGCGGGCUAGCCCAAUCGCAUCGAUGGCAACGCGCCCGGUGGCGGACACACUAUGUCGCGCUUGGUAUAGAAGGGAAAGUGGACGGGUUGGUCCGCCGCGAUUCAAGCAUGAGGUGGCCGGGCAGACGGGUGGCCUGGCGCGCGCCCAAAGCGGAUGA